AUGGCAGAGCCUGCUACCUUCUCGCACCAGUCGUGGGCCGACGAAGAGGUUGCGCCUCAUGCGAUCCACUACGAACAGCGUCGCAUCGGACAUAUCUGUGCUGUUCUUGUUCGGAAUCUCUCGCUGCGCCCGACACGGGAUCGCGCCCUACAGACGCUGACUUCUCAAAGACCCGGAGGCUCAAACCGAUACCACACUACUUCGGACGAUGCCGACCUGACACUCAGCAUAGGACGGUCCAACAGCAAGGGCAAAGGAAAGGCGGACGCCUCUCAGCGGCGACGAAGGAGUGCUAGUUGGAGCAGGCUCAGCGUUGACGGAUCCUCGGACGAAGACGAACCAGAAGAGGUCGACCAACUGGAUGCAAGUCUUGCGUCCACAUCGAGACCGACCAAGUCACAGAUCAACAGCAGUCAAAGAAAUGCUAGAGGUCGCUCCGCCCUAAUCAACCAUCGGCGCACAUCCGAUCAGGAGCUAACGACAUCCUCCUCCUUCGGAUCGACCUCCGAAGGCGCUCACAGCGUCGAUGUGAGUCCGCGCCCCAUCCUCAAGCGAGCUUCCAGCACGCGCAGUGGCAGAGAUGCCCGCAUGCACGGCGGCUCACCCGCUAGUGCAGACAAUUCAGGCUUCCUCGACGAGCUCGACGCCAAAACGACGAUGCUGUCCCGAUCCGACUCUCGCAGCUCCUCCCACUCUUCGCACACCAUUCGCAGGCCUUCACACAGGGCAAGGACGACGAGCAUGACCUCGUCCGCAAGUGUUCGCAGCGUUCGCUUCGACGAGAGUCAGCUCGGAGGUGACGGCGAAGCGAGGCGGCCGUCCCGCAUCUCUGGUCGCCUGAGCGCUGCUUCGCGCUACGCGCUGUUCUCUCAGAAGAGUCUCGACCAAAUCAUGAAGGAUCGCAUGCUGGAAUGCUGCGUCGAGCUAUCGGUCGUGUCCGACAAGGGUGACGGACCAGGCAACGCAGAAUCGAAGGGCAAAGACGAGAAGAAAAGCGCAAAUCCUGGGAUUGAGCGCACCUUCUACAAAACCACCAGCUCGAAGCCCGGCCUGCAUCAUAGCUGGGGAUACCAGGGCGGUGAUCCCAUCACCCCCGAGCGAGACUUUCUGGAAGGAUACGGAGCAUCGGCCGUGGAUUCUCCACUGGAAGCGUCAGAUGUCAGCAUCAAGGUCUGGGCAAGAUCUCCUCCUGCAGAUAAAGGUGGAUCUCAACAGAGUGCUGCUCGAACGGACGGGUCAAAUUGGAAGCUCGUCUGUCAGACGAGCGCUGAUCUUCGCGACCUGGAACCUUUGCCAGGAAACGCGCCAGACGCAAGCCUCUCGCUCCCUCCCAACUCGAUCCUGCUCGGUCUCGCGCCCGGCGCAAAUUCGCUCUCAGGACGUGCGAGCAUCGUCACUUUUGACUCGCAAAGAGCGACGACGACCAAAGUCUCGGACCAGGGUAGAGAGGAUCCCAAGCUCAACCGCAGUGUAAGCGAGAGGGAGGCGGAGAGAACGCGACACGUGCUUGAAAGUGUUGUGUACUAUGCGGUGCCGAUAAAGCCAGCGCGGCAGGAUCGUUCGGCGGACGCAACCGCAACCAGGGCUAACAGUGCAGACGCCAGCGAGAGGCGUGCACAACGGGGGGCCAGCUCAAGCCGCUCGCCCAAGCUGCAUAGGCGUACAUCGCUGGAAGGAUACGCAUCUGAUCCGGAGAAUGCUCCGAGUGGCACAACCAAUGCCGCUACGGCACCGGAGCGAAUCGCCGCGGUAGCAGAUUCUGCCAGUCGAGUGUCUCAUGCGCUCGUUGUGACAUCAGACGCAAGACGACGAGAGCGACGAAAAGCAUUCGAGGAUGAGCAGCGGCGUGCGCUCGAACUGAGCCUUCGAGAGACGAAGAUGAUGCCAAGCUACACCCUCGACGACGCCAAGCAUCUAGCAAAGAAACAAGCAGAAGCGCGGGAUAUGCUUGCCGAAGUAGAGGAGCUCAGACAGGUCGGUGGAAGUUCGCUUCAAGAUCCGGCCGGACUUGUACAGCUACGACUCAAGCGCGAGCAGCAGAAGGCCAGAUACGAGGCGGUGAGACAGAUGGCGAUAGACGAAUCGGGUCAACUAGAGCGGAAGAGGGCCGAGCUGGCGACGCGGAGAUCGGCACUCGAGGCCCGGCAUCGAGCUAUGCGGGCUUCAAAGUCACUUUUCGAGUCGGCCGAAGCGACCUCGCGACAGCUGCAAGAUGAGGUGCAGGCGUUCAAGGACGAGAAGGCGCAUGUCGCAUUGCAACUGCACAUCCAACAAGCAUCGCUGCUGCGAGAUCUCGAGGCCAUCUUCCCCAUCGAGUUGUCAGACGCGUCUUCACUGCUCUUCUCCAUCUGCGGUCUGCCACUGCCCAACGCAGUGCCCUCGCUGCCGCCGACCGAGCUUGCACACGAGGAGAAGCGAUGGAAGGAUACCGUCAAGCGCCACGUCCCUGCAUCCGCGCGACCUGUCUUUCAUCCGUUCGACGACGACACGGUCAGCAGCGCGCUAGGUCUCGUCGCCCAACUCGUCGUGCUGCUCAGCACGUACUUAGCUACGCCCGUCCACUACCCUUUGGCCACAGCGGGCAGUCGAGCAGUGGUUCAGGACGGCAUCUCGCUCAUGAGCGGUCCACGUGCCUUUCCGCUCUACGCAAAAGGAAUGGAAAGGUACAGAUACGAGUACGCAGCGUUUCUGCUCAACAAGGACAUCGAGCAGCUGAUGAAUGUCCAUUCCGUUACCGUCAUCGACAUCCGACAUACGUUGCCGAACUUGAAGAACCUCAUGGUGACGGUGGCAGCCGCACCACCGGCUAGUCAAUUGACGAGGAAGAGUCACAUCGGCAAGACGGAGAUUGCGCUGCGAUCCACAGCGGUAUCGUCGCUCAGAGAUGUUGAUGGUGAUGCGGCUGAAGAGGGGGUGAGGAAUGGUAAGAAGGUCGGGAUGGGUAUCGGAUUAGGGUUGCCAAACCUCGCUGCUGCGAGCGGGAAGAAGGAAGUCGCAAAGGAUACAUUGGUGACCACACGCGUGUUGGGGGCGCCUUCGGCAGCCAGUGCUACUCCCGCGACUGCUAGUGGUGCGAUUGCUUCUGUCUCGAGGGCGCUGAGCUACUUCAGUGGUGGCGGCAGUGCGCGCUCGUGA